AACUUUCACUUUCGGAUUCUUUGUCACGUAUGAGGAAAUUACUGUCGGUGCCGACCGACAUCCAGCUUUGUGUUUUUGGAAAUCGUAAAACUUUAUAAUACAUAUUAAGAUCAGACUAUAGUUGCUCUGUUGUAAGACAUAAUGGCACUUGCUGAAGUUAGUGGAUUUAAUCCAUAUUCUGAAUUCUGUAGGCAGAUUUUUAGAGCAGGACAGACGCACCUUGAGGACCGACCCAGCCACUAUAGUUUCGGGACCAAAACGCAAGAAUUUGCUGUUCCUCUGGGUGUAGAGCCUGCAGGGUUUCUGAAAUCCUGUAACAGUGAGGGAGGGGUGAGUAUUGACCUGAACCACGGGACGACCACUCUGGCCUUCAAGUUCAAGCAUGGAGUCAUCGUGGCUGUGGACUCCAGAGCAUCAGCUGGCCGUUAUUUGGCAUCCAAUGACGUCAAUAAGGUGAUAGAGAUCAACCCGUACCUGCUGGGCACCAUGUCGGGCAGUGCUGCCGACUGUCAGUACUGGGAGAGACUCCUCGCCAAGGAAUGCAGGUUGUACAAGCUGAGGAACAACCAACGGAUCUCUGUGUCUGCUGCCUCUAAGCUGCUGUCUAACAUGAUGUUGGGCUACAAAGGCAUGGGCCUCUCGAUGGGGAGCAUGAUCUGUGGAUGGGACAAACAGGGUCCCGGUCUGUACUAUGUGGAUGAUAAUGGGACUCGUCUGUCUGGUCGCAUGUUCUCUACCGGCUGUGGUAACAGCUAUGCCUACGGGGUGGUGGACAGUGGUUACAAAGAAGACAUGACGGUAGAGGAAGCGUAUGAGCUCGGCCGUCGGGGCAUUGCUCAUGCUACACACAGGGAUGCCUACUCUGGAGGAGUGGUGAACAUGUACCACAUGCAGGAAGAUGGCUGGAUAAAGGUGUGUAAAGAAGACGUUUCAGAGCUGAUCCAUCAUUACAGGAAGGGAAUGUUCUGAGUUUGACUCCUGAGCCCAGAUCAACCUCAACACUCAAAUGUUGUCUUCUGUCUAUGACUAAAAUUAUUGUUAGUGAUUGUUUCUAACAGUAAUAUAGCAUAUUGAUACUUUAAAUGAAAUUCCACUUUCUACAAGCU